AUGGAAGCAACUCGAAAAUUCACGCCUGUAAGAGAACAGGCUAUCCAAGCUGUCAGCGAAAGAAGGGACAUAGUAAACCCAGUCAUUUCCAUUACCUGCAACGUCAAGAAAUAAACAUAAGGAGAUUAUAGCCGUACCUCCACCUAUCAAGCUAAGAGAAAGGAAACGUAUCAUACCUCUGAAGCAAAAUACAGUGGUCGAUCAGAAAGUGUUGCUACAAAGAGAGUAUAAUAAACUCAGAAGCUAUAUCUCCGCAUCUAAGCUCAAGAAGGGAAGGAGAGUCAAGGUGUCUUGCGCUGAUAUUCUAUUCCAUACAGAGAAAUUGAAGCAAUCACUUUUUGAUAACAGAGCGAUCAAUAAUAUGAUUGAUCUUAAAAACAUAGAACACAUAAAAUAAUGAGUUAAGGAGGCUAAAUACUGAUUCAUUUACUCCUACGAAGCCAGCUAUGCUGACAGAGUUUAACUCAGAAGUAAGGCCAAACUGUAAGACUUUCUAUAAUGUUGGGCCUCGAUCGCCUCCAAAUUCGGUAUCAGGGAACAUAUUUUCAACACUGAAGUCAGAGAUGACUCCUCAGCAUGAGAGGGCCAAGAGCAGGGUUAAUAACUCGACUCUGUAUUUUAGCCAUAAGAUUCACCCUGAGAUUGACGCUUCCAAAAGGAGAGAAUUUCUCAGAGGCCUCGAUGAUUAUAUUACUAAGAAAUGAAUGAAAGAGAAUAAGAAAGCAUGAACCGCUGCUAUUAGCCCCUCUGGAUCUCCCAAAAAGUCCUUCUCCCCACGUAGGAAGAAAAGCACUCAAAGGUUUAUGAUUAGACGGAAGAAUAAGUCCCUAUCUAAAGGAGAUAAGCAGUUUCCUAAAAAGAAGCUUUUUAUCAAUAGUUCACAUCAAAUUGGUAGCUUCAAAGAUUUUGUAUUCCCUAAUACCAAGACACCUUUUGGGCGAAGGAAGCACGUGGCUACUCCUAACUGGAACCCUUCUAUUACAAAGAAGAUUUAUACGAAACCCAUUGAUUUUUAAUGCCAGAUUAGGGCUAACUCAAAUGAGAGGUUUAUAAGAAUUUAUGCUUUGAUCAAACCUAAAAGCCUGCCAUAUUCAAAGCGGUUAUAUCAAGUAAUCUAAAUGAGCUGUUUCAGUUC